AUGCAAUCCGGUAGCGGAGACUCGUCAUCACGCCAAGAGGAAGAACCAUCGAGGCAAUACCUAAGCGAUUUGGCCGCAAGAGUGAAGACCAUCAAGGAUGAUAUCUUGGACGAAGAACUCGACGUUGAAACCCAACUGAUCCGUGUCAGCACAUCGGCUGUAAGCUGGAAAUCCUUUAGUCUGAAAGACCUGGAAGAGUGCAUUGCAUUGAUGGGAGAGGGAAUAAUAUGGGAACGCUGUGAAACAGGUGAUCUUCAAGUUGGGGAUUUGAUUCAAACCAGGGAUGCAACAGCAGUGAUUCAGAUUCAGAUUGCUCUAGUCCAAGAUGUAUCACGGCGAAGUGAAGCAUCAUCAAAAGUAGAACCAGAAGUGCUCCUUCGAUCUGGAAAUAGAACGUUUAUCCAAGAUAUUGGUGGCUUGGAAAUAUGGAAAAGUAAGAAGCAGUUGAGCUUUGAGGAAUGCAUCCGUUUGCAGGAUACAGCUGUCAGUUGGAGAGAACUACCUGGUGUGUGGGAACUAAAAGCUGGAGACGUUAUUCGAGACGUCGCUCGAGGAAUUCCUGUCGCAAAGCUUACAGCUAGACCAGUGGAGCACUACCGAUUUCUUUACUUAGCGAUCAUGCUUCCCGAUGGAACGGAACAGAAAUAUGAAACGGACAAAAGGACGAUUGAACGAGUGCUGAAUGUCCCUGUCGGAAUAUCCUCAGCGACAUGGAGAUCGGUCGAUAACGUUGACGAUGUAUGCAGGGGUGUCAUGAAGACUUCAGAUCCCGUACUCAUGGUGGCUGGACCUGGGACGGGCAAGACGUGGUUUUUGCAACAGCUAUGCUGUAGGCUUGUCAAGGAAAUACAAUCACAGGGAGGCAUUUCAGUUGUGCCGAUAUUGAUUCCAGUGCAAAAGUUGGCUCGAAUCUUACGACAAAAUCACAACAUGAGAGGGAUGGAGCUGCUUCACGGGUUUCUGGAAAUGGACUACCCGCAAUAUGUCAGCUUCCUAACAGCCAAGCUUGAGGCACAGGGAUUAAUUCUAUUGAUUGAUGGAGUAGAUGAAGCUGCUGGAAAGCGCCAAACCAUCGAAGAAUUCAUUCAUGAUUUUCUAAAGCCAACUGGAAACAGAAUCGUCGUUACCUCUCGACCAGAAGGAGUUCGGCUGCCACUGUAUUGUCAAGAUUUCAGCAUUAUCAAGCUGCUUCCUCUUUCUCCAGAACAACAGAUAAGUGUUAUUCAGCACUUUUUGAAAGAGGACGAGUUUUUGUCAAGUCUUUUCAAGCUUUCCAAUGUUCGAAGAGGACACGACAACGUUUUCAAUACUGCGUUUGACAGGAAUGAACGGAUGUAUGUGGAAUCAUUGUGUCCAUCGGACAAUUUCAAAUUGGAGGAUGGAUCAUGGGAUCCCUCCAAGCGACAAAAGGCGCUUGACGGAUCGGACCUUUGCGUUGCUUCAUCGCUGGAUUCUUCUUAUCUUCAGUUGCUCCAAGAAGCUAUGGAGGCUCAUGAUAUCCUUUGCAAGUUAGAAGAUAAACUGAGAGCACACUUUGAGACAAGUCAGGUACUGAAGGUAGUCGCUGCUGAAAACAUGGUGGACAAGAUAUUGCCCAAAGACGGCCUUGACAUUAUGAAUGGAUAUUCAGACCUGCGCACGGUCUGUAUCAGGCUGUGCCUUUUGUACUCCAAUACACAGCGAAACAAAAUGCCUUUAAAAAAGUUCUGGAAUCAUAUUGCCAGCAGGGUAGAUGCUCUGUAUGUCUCGGCGGGACAUUUCUCACCCUUGUAUGAGAAGUGGCUUGCGACUAUUCAAGCAAUCAUUGGAGAGGAAGAACUGCAGAUUCAUAGGGGAUCCAUCAAAGAUCCGAUACGAGUUUAUGAAAAGGCACAAAAUGAUUAUGCAAACCGAUUCGAUGACGACUCUUUACCAGAAGCAUGUGUCAUGGAUGUCUUGCGAGCUCGACUGAUAUGUCGCAGCGCGGAAGCGAUCAAGAAAAUAAUGAGAAUCUUACAAAAGGACGAGAAUGUGGUGGCAAUGGAGCAGGAUUCAACCACAGUUGUCCGUCUGAAGAACAUGUUCCAUCAUGGCCAGCUGACACCGACUCAUUUUCGAUUCAAGAUUGCAACUCUUCAGCUAGUGGACGGAAAUACUAGUUUUCUGGUGGAGGUGCAGCUACAUCUCGAUGCGAUCAUGAAGCAUGAGGAGUCCGCUGACGGGCAUGCAGCCUACGAGUACUUUCGGUCAGUCCUGAAGGAGCGAUAUCAUGCGGUAUUGGGGAAUGCACUGGAGUCACCAAGAAUAGAAGAUAGCCUAACCCGUUUCGAGGCAAUGGCAAAGGUACCAGUUCUUCUAUCCCUCAUUGUUGUCAUUCUGUUUCGAGGAGGCGUGGAAGAUCCUUUGGCAGCCCUUCAAUGGAGCACUAUUGAGCUCUACGAAAAUUCGAUGGAGUGUGUUGUUCAUCGCGCGGUGAAGCAUGACAAGGUCGAUGCACAAAUAGUGACAACCAUGCUAACGAAAGUUUCCGUUGCAAACAUGAGAGCCCAACGACGUGUCUUUGACAUGAACGAAGUGAAGGAAGCCUUUGCUGGAGAAGAUAACAGCGAGACCUUGUUUCAAAAAUGGUUGGAGCUUCAAGAUAAAAAAGGAGGUGUGCCACUUAUCAAGACUUUGUCCGAAUCUACGACAUAUGCCAAAGGGGGCCUAUACCAGUUCAAGCAUCUAUCGUUCUCUGAAGCCUUUUAUUACAGAUUCUUAACAAGCGGAGAUGCCACAGUGCCUGCUGCAGAAGCCCUAACGGUCAUCAGCGACCCAUUCUACCAUAGAACCUGUGAAUUUGGCCGCAGCAAAAUUAUGGGAGUCUUGCAUUCUGGGUAUAACUACCACAAGCCACUAGCAGAGUCCCUGAAAGGAAGACUCCAAGAGCGCUGA